AUGAGAGCAAUCAAAAAGACAGCCUUCUUGUUGAAUUCAAAGUUUUUACCAAAGCCUUUGAUGACAAAAUUCUCGGAAUGUUCAUUACCAUUUGCUGUAAUCAAUAAUAAUAUUAAUACUAAUUUAAACAUUAGAUCGUUUCAUGCUUCAUCAAAGGGAUUAGGCUUUAUGAAUUUUUUCAAAUCAUCACCCAACAAAUCAUCUCUUGAAUUACUUCAACUACAAGCUGAUACAGGAGAUUCCAUAGCACAGAAUAAUCUUGGAGCUGCUUAUCAAAAUGGAACUGGAGUUGACAUUGAUUAUAAGAAAGCUGUCUAUUGGUAUGAGAAAUCGGCUGAACAAAAUAAUUCAGAAGCUCAAUUUAAUUUGGGUUACUUGUACCAGGAAGGUUUGGGUGUGCCUAAAAAUAUUGAAAUAGCACUGCAGUUUUUUGAAAAAUCAGCCAAUCAAAACCACGUAAAAGCACAGAAUAAUCUUGGGGUCCAAUAUCUUGCGAUUGGUGACAAGUCAAAGGCAUUGUAUUGGUUCAAAAAAGCGUCUGAUAAUGGAUAUGCAAAAGCUCAAUAUAACUUGGGUGGUUUUUAUGCAAGAGGGGAUGCAGUAGAGAAGAACCCAUUUACUGCCUUUGAUUGGUACUUGAAAUCAGCAGAAGGAGGAUAUGUUCACUCACAACACAAUGUUGGAAUAAUGUACUUUAAUGGAAUUGGGGUUAAACAGGAUUAUCAAAUUGGAAUUCAAUGGUUAGAAAAAGCUGCCAGUCAAGGUUUUCAAGGUUCUAUUGCAGCUCUACAUGAGAUAAGCAAGAAGGAUUAUUCAACAGAUGUGAACUGGCUCGAGCAACUGGCUAACAAAGGUGAUGUAUCAGCACAGAAUAACCUGGGGGCCAUGUACAAUAUGGGAACAGGAGUUAAAGAAGACAAAGCCAAAGCUAUUUAUUGGUUACAAAAAGCAGCCGAUCAAGGUAAUGAUAAUUCCCUUUUUAAUCUUGGAGCUAUUUAUUUGAACGGUGGGGAAGGAGUUCCAAAAGAUUUAGAAAAAGCUCGAUCCCUAUUCAGCAAGAUAAAGAAUCCAGAAACAAAGAAAGCAGCAGAGGUUUUAUUAAGAUGGGCUUAA